AUGAAUGCUACCGAAUGUCUGCGCUCGAGAGCUUUCCAGGCACGAGCAAAUGGAGAUUAUGACCGAGCUAUCAAGUUUUACACGAGUUUAUCGACUGCAAAACAGAGUGAAAUUGAGGCGAAAUUCCAGCUCGCUGUGUGUUUAGAACGAACAGGUCAAAUCAGACCCGCGUUAGCAGCUUACAAGCAAGUUCAGAGACUUCCCGGUGGACAACAUGCCUUUGCGUUCUAUAAUAUGGGCAAUUUGUGUAUGCGUGUCGAUAAAGUAGCUCAAGCUGUCGACUAUUUUUCACGUGCGAUUAGUGUCAGCAAAGACAAAAAAGGGUCCAAUAGAGGAUCACCCCCAAGUGCAUUUUAUCGACAGCGAGCAGCAGCGUACCGUAAGAAUGUAGAUUUCGAGAAGGCCGCACAAGAUUACGACCUUGUUCAAAAGAACUCAGGGGGCUCCACUACCUUGGCAGACGAGAGUGUGAUGUACACUGCUGAGCACCUGUACAACACCGUGAAGCGUGCCACAUCUCCGAAGAAAAGAAUCCCUCAACAAAGUGUACAUAACGAUGAAAUAGCACGUGGAUUGGAGAUCGAACCUGACACAAACCAAGACACAAACAAGUGUCAAAGCGAACCUGAUGAGACUGAAGAUGCACUGACAGCUUGGACGCUUCAGCGCAGUCUGGAGAUUGCUCGACUUCCACCGUCUGAAAGAAGCGACAGUGACCUUCAAUACCUCGUCGAUUUUAUGCAGAAGAGAUUCUUAGUUUGCGCGGCGUUGAAUCCGGAAGUUUGCAAGCUUUUAUGUCGUGAUCUUGUGCUAAGUCCCGAUGGAGCUCUUCCAGCCCAAACACCAAUUUUUAUGGAACAGAAUGGUGUUGAAGCUCCACAUGAUAAGUCAUUGUAUUUUAUUUUUCAAGGAAGAGUAUCUGUCUCAAAGACUGCUGCUGAAAUGGGUGCGUCCGACGUCACGUGGGAACCUCCAUGGAAUACUUAUCAAACACCCGUUAAUUCGGACUGGAAGCAAACGCAAUUAGAGCUCUGUGAGCUUGAGCACGGAGAUAUUUUUGGUCACCAAGGGAGGAUUACAAACGCUCCACGAGCGUAUUCAGCAAUUACGACAACAACGUGUGUGAUAGGGGCUUUAUCGUGGCAUCAGUGGAGUCGAAUUGACCGUGCACAACACGAAGUCGAGCGAGACCGCGCCGCUCGAUUCCUCUCCAUGGCCCCAGCGUUCAAUAAUAUCCCCGUAGUAGAUAUCCGCAACCUUGCAAACCGAUCUACAUUUGUCAAGGUCAUCGGCUCCAAAGUCGUGUGCUGUGAAGGCCAGUCUGUGAAUGGGCUGAUACUGGUUCGAGAAGGCGAACUCUGCAAAUUUUCGCCUUGUGGAUUACGAACACCACCUGAUAUGUCCAUAUCAUUCGCACUUAGUGGACCUGCCACUACACGACCAAAAUCAACCAAUACCAGGCGAACAAGUGUCGCUAUCAACUGUAUGGGGACUGGAAGGGGGACAACGCCAACGCAACCGGUUGCGCUGGCACUGCGACGUGGAGAAUGUUUUUGUGCGUCAUCAUCCUGGGUUCCACCGCGCCAGUCUCGACAAGAAAAACAGCAGAUUCAUGGAAUAUCUUGCGCCAAGGCAGCGUUGAUAUCGGUCUCUACAGUAGAGCUUCUGUUCUUGUCGGCUGCAGAUAUCAUGCAGGGAUUCUCUGCUGAUAGCCGUUCGCAACUACAUCGUAAUUUACAGGACAUUGCCUUGAUGAACAAACAUAAGUACAAGACAGACUUGUCACGGUUACGAGGUCCACCUGGAGGGAGAAGAAACUCGAAUCUGUUAGAGCAGUUAGUCCGAGAUACACAUUGGAGCAAAUUUAAACAGGAGCUCGUGGAGAGUGUGCUUCGCGGACGGACGUGA